AUGUCCGAGCAAGCCGCAAUGAUGUCAGAUGCCGCCAAGGGCCCGGCAGUUGAAAUGUCAACCUCAACUUCUAUGGUUCCAACAUCCCCCACCAAACCAAAGUUCGACUUAACUCUAUAUUUGGUAACUUCUUCGUCUCUUCUUCCUCAAAAUUGUACCCUUGAGUCGCAUAUUGAGGCCGCUAUCAAAGGCGGUGUUACAAUUGUACAACUCCGUGAGAAGAAUCUUGAUACUGCGCCGUUUAUUGCGCUUGGGAAGCGCAUUCACUCGAUCACCAAGAAAUAUGGCGUCCCAUUACUUAUCAAUGAUCGAGUCGAUGUUGCAUUGGCGGUCGGGUGUGAAGGCGCCCAUAUCGGAUGGGAUGAUAUGGACUACAAUACUGCUCGCAAUCUCCUCGGGCCGACCGCCAUAAUUGGUUUAUCAGUAUCAAACGUGACCCAGGCGUCUCUCGCCGCCUCUACUACUGCGGACUAUAUUGGCAUCGGGCCAAUAUUCCCUACCCGAACAAAACCAGAUGCCUCAGCUCCCCUCUACCCUUCCGGCCUACGCCAAAUCCUUGGACUGAUCUCUUCAAAAAGACCGGAGCUUCCCUCCGUGGCUAUCGGCUCUAUCAACGCGGCCAACUUACAAGCCGUCCUCUAUAAAUCCCGACCGACAGAGGGACUACCUCUCGCCGGAGUAGCGGUUGUAAGCGCAAUCAUAUCAUCCACCGACCCAGAAUCCGCAGCUUCUGGAUUACUCUCCCUCUACAAAUCCCCACCACUAUGGGCAUCACCACCACCAUCUCAAUCAACAGCAUUCAACCACUUCUACCUCCCACUAAUCCUCGACAAAGUCGUUACUAUACUCCGAACAAUCAAAGAGCAUAAACCAUUAGUCCAUCAUAUCACCAACGCAGUGGUGAAGAACUUUAGUGCAAAUGUAACGUUGGCUGUGGGCGGAAGUCCAAUAAUGUCGGAUAAUCUGGAGGAAGUAGCUGAUUUAGCUGCGAUCGCGCCGCACUCGGCUUGUCUUGUGAACAUGGGUACUUCUGGGCCUGGAGAGAGAAGAUUGUAUUUACAGGCUAUAAGGGAGAACAAUAAAACGGGGAAGCCAGUGGUGUUUGACCCUGUUGGUGCUGGUGCGACUGGGAUGAGGAAAGAGACGGUUAGGUGGGUGUUGGAUGAGUGUGGAUAUGUGGAUGUCAUCAAAGGGAACGAAGGCGAGAUCAGAACAAUAGCUGGAGAAGGAAUCAGAAUGAAGGGUGUGGAUUCAGACUCAGCAGGGGGGAUUGAUGAUUUGAUAAAAGUUGUGAAGGGUGUCGCUGGGAGAGAGAGAAACGUGGUAGUCACAACCGGUGUUACAGAUGUACUGUCAGACGGAGUCAGAACCGUCCUAGUGAAUAACGGACAUCCAUUCCAAGCCCUAGUCACGGGAAUGGGAUGUGCCCUUGGAUCGGUUCUUUGCGCAGCUCUGGCAGUCAAUAAGGAUGAUAAGUUGAUGAGCUGUUUGGCAGCGGUUUUACUUUACAAUGUUGCCGCGGAAAGAGCAGUCAAAAAGGAUGGGUCUAGAGGCCCUGGCUCAUUUUCAGCAGCAUUUUUGGACGAGCUUUACGAAAUAGGCGAGAUAUGUGCUAGAGGAGAGAGUGGUUGGCUUGAUGGUGUCAAAGUAGAGUUUAUGUGA